AUGACUCUCAUCUCCAGUCUGCCCCGAGCGCCCCUCGCUGUCGCUGCUGUCUCGCGACGAUGCUACUCAACCUCCCGCUCUCCCCUCCCGCUCGCCUUUCUCGACUAUGGUGAUGCUUCCUCUCCCUCUCCCUCUCCGUCACAAGGCGUCACGCUCCUCACCCUCAACCGUCCUGAAGCAAAGAAUGCCAUUAACAGCCAAAUGCUCGACGAGCUUCACACCGCCGUCGAGAGCCUGCAACACGAUGGCCACACACGCACACUGAUCAUCAACUCCAUGGUGGCCGGCGCCUUCUGCUCUGGAGCAGAUCUGAAGGAGAGGCAUAGCAUGAGCAAGCAGAACUUUCAUAAAUGGCAUGCUAAGCUGGGACAUACGUUCAGGGGCUUGGCCAAUCUGCCGUUUCCUGUCAUUGCAGCUAUGGAUGGCUUGGCGCUAGGCGGGGGACUGGAAUUGGCCUUGACUGCGGACUUUCGAGUCGCUGGACCGCUCACUACGAAGCUAGGAUUGCCAGAGACUAGGCAUGCCAUCAUCCCGGGAGCAGGCGGGACACAGCUUCUGUCACGGCUCAUCGGCCCCUCAAGGGCCAAGUACCUCAUCUUUUCGGGCCGGAUCUUUGAUCGCGAGUAUGCAUACCAGCACGGCAUCAUUGACGAGCUCGCAGACGAUGGUCCAGAGGAGGGGGAGGGCCAUGCGCAUGGUAAUGAAGCCGGGCUUCGCUUGGCACGCAAGAUGGCACAGCAGAUCGGACAAGGAGGUCCUCUCGCUCUCCGAGCGGCCAAGGCAGCCAUCAACAAGGGUCUCGAUAUGGAUGUCAAUACGGCCAUGGAGUGGGAAAAGGCCUGCUACAAGACGCUCUUCGAUACCAAGGACCGGGAGGAGGGCUUGCUCGCCUUCAAGGAGAAGCGCAAGCCCGAGUACAGAGGGCAAUGA